AGCUACUGAUCAGAAAUGACUAAAUAUGAUUUUCAUUUUUCCAGGACAGAUGGGAGUUUUGUGGUUCAUGAUAUACCCUCUGGAUCUUAUGUAGUGGAAGUUAUAUCUCCUGCUUACAGGUUUGAUCCCAUUCGAGUGGAUAUUACUUCAAAAGGAAAAAUGAGAGCAAGAUAUGUGAAUUAUAUUAAAACAUCAGAAGUGGUCAGACUGCCCUAUCCUCUUCAAAUGAAAUCUUCAGGCCCACCUUCUUACUUUAUUAAAAGGGAAUCAUGGGGCUGGACAGACUUUCUGAUGAACCCAAUGGUUAUGAUGAUGGUUCUUCCAUUGUUGAUAUUUGUACUUCUGCCCAAAGUAGUCAACACAAGUGAUCCUGACAUGAGACGGGAGAUGGAGCAGUCGAUGAAUAUGCUGAAUUCCAACCAUGAACUGCCUGAUGUUUCUGAGUUCAUGACAAGACUCUUCUCUUCAAAAUCAUCCGGCAAGUCUAGCAGCAGCAGCAGUAAAACAGGCAAAAGUGGGGCUGGUAAAAGGAGGUAGUUGGGCAGUCCAGAGCUGGCAUUUGCACAAACACGGCAACACUGGGUGACAUUCAAGUCUUGAGGGAAAACCAUGUGAAGCAACUACUGUAAACUUGAGUCAUCCUUAAAGUUGAUCUCCUAUAACUGUUGUGUGUGAUAACUCUUCAGUACAUGUUUUGAACUUGGUACACAAGAAAACCCAGCUUUUAUCCUUGUGUGAGGUCAAUGUUGAUGUCACUGAAUUAAUUACAGUGCCCUAUAGUAAAUGACAUUAAUAAAUUAUAUGAAGUACUAUACAUUAUGUAUAUUAAAAUGUCUUAACCCAGAGA